AUGGCGUCGCGGCUUCGUGCGAUCCGACCUUUGCUCGAUCGCGUGCUGGUCCAGCGCGUGAAACCGGCGACGAAGACGGCGGGUGGGAUCUUACUCCCGGAAUCGUCCGCCGCGAACGAGUUGAAGGAGGGCGAGGUGUUGGCCGUGGGGCCGGGACGGCGGGCGGCGAACGGCGAGCUCGUGCCGAUGGAGGUGAAGAGCGGGGACAAGGUGAUGCUCCCGGAAUACGGCGGCGUCUCGGUGAACGUGGGCGACGGCAACGAGUACGCGUUGUUUCGAGAGGAUGAGCUCAUCGGCGUUCUCCAAGGGAAGUAG